CUCAGGACAAAUAAAAAGCUGGUUUCGUCACAAGAAUGGAACACCAAGGCAGGGUAGUGUAACGACACUAAGCCGAGGAAUGCUAAAAAUUGAUAAGGAAGUGUUUAACAACCCUCAUCAUUCACUGGAAGGCUUAGAUGAAUACUCCCACAUCUGGAUUUUCUUCAUCUUCAACAAAAAUGGUGAAACUAAGGAUGGAAAUCAUGUAAAGUCCAAGGUUGCACCUCCGAGGCUGAAUGGGAAACGGAUUGGUGUUUUUGCCACUAGAUCUCCUCACCGUCCCAAUCCUUUAGGCCUAACAUUAGCGCAUGUAGAAUAUAUUGAAGAUGACUGCAUUUACUUGUCAGGUUUGGAUAUCUUGGAUGGAACACCAGUGGUGGAUAUUAAACCUUACAUUCCUGAGUAUGAUUGUCCACAGCCUGAAGUGCAUUGUGAUAGCCCAUCUUCCUCUGACUAUGAAGUAAACAAGCAUGCUAAAGUCAUAAACAAUGAUACAUUUAGUAUUCAGUGUUUCAAUUCAGACACUGAUGUUCAGAGGGUGAGCAAAACUAAUUUGGAAAUGAAACUACCAGUCAAUGAAAGAAAAAGCGGAAACAAAGAAUGUGUCUCCCGUGAAAAAGAAAGUGUGAUGAGAAGACACAUUGAUGUGAAGAAUUAUCAGCAAGUAAGAACAGCAGAAUGGCUUCACAUUGUACAUUCAUCAUCAUUACAAGUAAUAUAUAAUCCCAUUGCAGCAGAUGAAAUCAAGAGAUUUUCAGCAACUACAGAAGAUGAGCCUUACAGACUUGAGUUCCUCAGAAACGAAAAGGAGUUGAAAAAUGCAAUUAGUGGUGUUCUCAGUGAGGAUCCGAGAUCAGUUUAUCGACGGAAAAAGUGCUCGUCUUUGCUUUAUUAUUUGACAGUGGACACAGCCCAUGUGACAGCUUGGUUUGAUGAUACAACUGUGGAAGUGCUGCGUGUGAGACCAGUCAAAAUAUAGCUGUGAUGGAAGAAAACUGUGGUAUGUGAUUUAUAAAACACAAUCUAUUUUUGUCUUGCCAGAUGAGCCAUUGAAAACUGUAAACAUCAUUAAUAAAUAUUGACAUUACAAAAUCAUGUUUGCACUCUUGGAUGCACUGUAGCUAAUUAAUGUAUUGAUAACUAUAAUACUGUUGCGCGCAAGUUCAAUAAACAAAAAGUAUUCAGUGAGAUAUUUUUUGUAAUUUAAAAGGGUUGCAAAAAUUGACAUUUUUAAAACAGUAUUACUUGGAAGAAAGUUUUGCAUAUUUGGUGAAUAAUAAAAAAUACAUACAGUUUUUAUAAAAUUACUUUCAUUACAGAAUAUCUUUUGACUAGAUUAUUUUGGAGAGAUUGUGGAAAAUACUUGAAAGAGAAAAAAAUAUGUGUAUAUGAAUAUGAAUGAGUAUGAAUGAAAGAUCAACAGCAUAGUCAACAUAAUACUUUGCAAAUGUUUUCUGCACCUAGUGGCACCAUGCUACAUGGAGUUACCAAGAACUGCUUUUGCUGUCCUGGAGCUGGUAGUCAGUAUAAGGUAAUUAUGUCAAUAAUCUUUAUACUUUUUAACACGUUAUCAAAAUUGUGAAAGUCAGUCCAAGAAUCACACCACUUCCGUACAAAUGCAGUAAAUAUGGCAAUCAGGAAAAUUUAAUAUUUUCUCUUUUACAGCAUAAACUUGACAGUCAUUUUCCAAUGCAUUUUUCCCUCAUACACACCUCUUCAUUAAUUCAACGCAUCUGUGCUACUAUUAGAACCCUAUUCAGUCUUGUUAGUUCCUUUGCAUUGUAUAUGUUUUGGUAAGUACAGUUGUGAGUGCCAGUGAUGUGAUCUAGUUAUGAGAGUGCAUCAUGAUUUCCCUUCUCGAUUAAUGGUUAAUAGUUAAAUGAAAUAAAUGUGCUGGACAGCAAAAUUACAUAGCACUGCCUUUCUAGAUUACAUUAGGCUGAUUGUAAAACUGUGUUGAAGUUACCUCCUAAAGCUGUUUUUUUUCCUAGUUAUACAGAGAAAUUAUAAUAAAUUCAGCACUACCACACAAACAAUAAACUAUA